AUGGAACCUCUGACUACUGAACGACUUCUUCAUGCAGAGAAGGAAAUCAUAAGACUGAUUCAGAGGAGGACAUUUGAUGAAGCGAAAUCAUCAGAGAUCAGCAAGUCUCACAACGAAAGAGAAAGAAGGCGUCGUUGCAAGGAGACCAGUCGUUUGUGUCGUCUUGACCCAUUUAUAGAUGAUGAUGGCAUCCUUAGAGUUGGAGGACGUUUGAGGAGAUCUGACCUCUCAUUUGAAAGUAAACAUCCUGCCAUCCUUCCUCAAAUUCACCUGACCAAGUUAAUUGUAUCUCAGUGUCAUACUGAGGUGGCUCAUGGAGGAAGAGGCAUGACGACUAACCAUCUCAGAGCAAAGGGAUAUUGGAUCUUGGGUAGCAGCAACUUCAUCUCGAAAUUCAUCUCCCAAUGUGUAGUCUGUCGCAGACUUCGACAACCUCCACAAAUUCAGAAGAUGGCAGACUUACCUGAGGACCGUCUUUCCCCAGCUCCACCAUUUACCUAUGCUGGAGUUGAUUGCUUUGGGCCUUGGCUAAUAAAGGAAGGACGGAAAGAACUGAAACGCUAUGGUCUGAUAUUCACAUGUAUGGCAUCGAGAGGUAUUCACAUCGAAGUUCUACACUCCCUCUCCACCGACUCCUUCAUCAAUGGUCUCAGACGCUUCAUUUCUGUCAGAGGCCCUGUAAGACAAUUGAGAUGUGACAGGGGAACAAACUUUGUAGGUGCUGAGGUCAAACGAUGUGCUGAAUCCAGUGAGAAACAAGUAAAAGACUUUCUCCUGAAAGAGGGAUGCGACUUCAUCGCUUUCAAGUUCAAUGUACCUGCUUCUAGCCACAUGGGCGGAGUGUGGGAGCGGCAGAUCCGCUCCAUACGUCAGGUCUUAGAUGUUCUGCUACACCAGGCAGGCCAACAACUAGAUGACGAGUCGUUGAGAACUUUGAUGUGUGAGGCGGCUGCCAUUGUAAACAGUCGUCCGCUAACCACCGACCUCCUGAAUGAACCAACACAUUCCACUCCAUUGACUCCUAAUCAUCUGUUGACUCAAAAAUCGAGGGUCAUCUUCCACCCCCUGGUAGUUUCUCUCGAGAAGAUGUCUACGCGAGGAAACGAUGGCGGAGAGUACAACACUUGGCAAAUGAGUUUUGGUGUCGAUGGAAGAAGGAGUUUCUUUGUCAGCUUCAGUCGCGACAGAAGUGGACCAAGCCACAUCGCAACAUGA